AUGACGGGAACCUACGAAAUGGAGACGCCCAAGGGCGACAACAAUGGCCCACAAUCGACUGAGCUCAACAUAGAGCGGCUCUCGAUCGAGUCAAUAUCACGACGAAAAGAUUCGCAGAUCGAGGGGGACAAUCGAGAACUCACCCGCUUGGGGAAGAUACCGGUCCUUAAGAGAAACUUCGCUUUCAUGUCCAUGGUCGGCUUCACGUGCACGGUUAUGAAUACAUGGGAAGGAGAACUACUGCUCUUUACACAAUCGUUCAGUAACGGAGGUUCCGCGGGUUCUAUAUAUGGCUACAUAAUUGUCUGGCUUGGCACUUUAUGUGUCUUCGCAAGCAUGGGUGAACUAGCAUCAAUGGCACCGACGUCGGGAGGCCAGUAUCACUGGGUAUUCAUGUUAGCUCCCAAGAGCUCGCGAAAGUUCAUGAGUUAUCUCAUCGGAUGGUUGACGGUCAUCGGUUGGCAAGCUGCUGUCGCAAGCCUCGGGUUCCUCUCCGCUCAACUCAUUCAGGGGUUAGCUGUGAUGGGCAACCCCAACUAUGACCCAUUGGCUUGGCAGAGAACAUUGCUUUUAUGGGCUUCCAUCGCCUUUGCAGUAUGCGUCAACACAGUCAUCAGCACAGCUCUUCCAAAAGUGGAGGGCUUGGUCCUGAUUGUCCAUGUCCUCGGAUUCUUCGCUAUUCUGGUUCCGUUGGUUUACCUGAGUCCCCAUAAUAGUACGGAAGAAGUCUUCACGGUCUUCCUCAACGAAGGUGGAUGGCAGACCCAAGGCCUCUCUUUUAUGCUUGGCAUGAUAGGUGCCGUAUUCAACUUUCUUGGUGCGGAUGGCGCUGUACAUAUGUCCGAAGAGAUCCAAAAUGCCGCCGUUAUCGUCCCGAGAGCCAUGGUCUUCACUGUCCUCCUGAAUGGAGCUAUGGGGUUCGGCAUGUUGAUCGCGGUCUUAUUCUGUAUUGUCGAUAUAGACGCUGCUCUCGCAUCUCCGACCGGAUUUCCAUUUAUGGCGAUAUUUGAACAAGGGGUCAGGUCAGAACGUGGAGCCCAGACAAUGGCUUCGAUUCUCGUAAUCUUGAUGCUUUGCGGGACUGUGUCAGUGCUUGCCUCAGCCUCUCGUAUGACUUGGUCUUUUGCACGCGAUAGAGGUCUGCCAGGGUGGUUUUAUCUUAGCAAAGUUAAUCCUAAGACGUCAAUUCCCGUGUUAUCGAUCGCGCUUACGACGGUGAUCUCAUGCCUGCUCGCCCUUAUCAACAUAGGAUCGUCUGUAGCAUUCAACGACAUUGUCUCCUUGACGAUAAAUGGCAUGUAUACGUCUUAUCUUAUAGGAAACAGUCUGCUCCUCUGGCGCCGACUCACUGGAGGUAUCCGCCCUUACAAUCGGGAGAAUACAGGGUUGACCAAUGUUUCGCAUGAGCAACUCUCGUGGGGCCCUACACAGAUACCGGAACCUCUCGGAAGCAUUGUAAACGCAUUCGGUUGUGCAUACCUUCUUGUCAUGGUGUUCUUCAGUUUUUGGCCGACCCUCAUCAACCCCACAGCGGAAACGAUGAAUAUGAGCUCUGUCAUGGUCGGAGGCACGAUUAUUCUAUCAUUGAUAUACUACGCCAUUUGGGCACGGAAGGUCUACACGGGUCCAGUCAUAGAAAUAAGUUAGAUUAAGAGACAACUAUGUAAUACGGGGGUAAUUGGACAUCAAGAAGACAUUGAGGUCGGCAAGUUUUACCCCUGAGAAAAGCAUUGUAAUAUACCACACCCCUUGUAAACACGCACAUAAUCACGUCCAUAACAAUCAUAGAGACAAGUACUUCAGAUGCCAAGAACCAAGAUGCCAUUCUCUUCAUUUCUUCAUUUCUCUUCUAAUACAAGAACUUAUACACAGUCCAGCCCGGAAAUGUACCAAUCGGUAUGGUUCAUCCGAAUACUCCUCCGUUCGCAAAUCAGUCGUCCACCAGCAUGCUCGAUUACUUCGGAAAGUUUCCAGGCCUUCAAUCAGCCAUCGUCCCUUCAUUAAUGACCCGGCCCUCGUAUGUCUUCAUCGAUUGGUAUCCCGCUCCUGUCAGCCAUUCGUAUCUCUUUUCCCGCGUUAAAUAGGACACGAAUUGGAUGAAAGAAGCGUCGUAGAGUAGAGUUGACGAACCCAGCCAGCUUAAGCAGGACAACCACAAUAAAGCCGAAUAGAGGAGAAGAAUAAAAUAAAAAGGCACUAAAAGUCAUUAUUUCGCCGAGGGCCGCCUUCUUUGCUAACUCCAGUUCCCAGAUGCUGACCGAUCAACAGAAAAUGUUCGUCGCGUUCUUUAAAAGCGGCCAAGUUGCCUUUCCCAUAUAGACAAGUA